UUCGAUUCCAUUCCACAAAUUUCUUUCUGCGGAAGAAUAUUUCUUCUCAUCUCCCUCUUCAAAGCCCCCGGAAAUCUGGUUUUUCAAUUCUCUUCUCCUUUUCAAGGCUCUUCUUUUUUCUGCGAGAUCAUGGAGAUGGAGCGCAUGAUCGAGUUUCCUCACACACAUCUUGAUCGCAGGCCCCGAAAGAGGGCUCGCUUGGGCUGGGACGUUGUCCCCGAGGCCGCUAAGGCUCAGGUAGGAAUUUGUUGUGGACAAGAGAUUGCGAAUAUGCCAAGCUUUGCAUCUUCAAGAGCACCUUCAGAUCAUUCUUCUAAUCCACUAUUUGUUAAGGGAGUGGCUCGAAAUGGUUCUCCCCCCUGGCGAGAAGAUGACAAAGAUGGACAUUACAUGUUUGCGCUUGGAGAAAAUUUAACUUCUCGCUAUAAAAUACACAGCAAAAUGGGAGAAGGUACUUUUGGACAGGUGUUGGAAUGCUGGGACAGAGAAAGGAAGGAAAUGGUUGCAAUAAAAAUUGUGCGUGGAAUCAGGAAAUAUCGUGAUGCAGCUAUGAUAGAAAUUGAAGUGUUGCAACAGCUUGGAAAGCAUGAUAAAGGUGGCAACCGUUGUGUUCAAAUACGGAACUGGUUUGACUAUCGUAACCAUAUUUGUAUUGUGUUUGAGAAGCUUGGGCCAAGCUUAUACGAUUUUCUACGGAAAAACAAUUAUCGCUCCUUUCCCAUUGACCUAGUUCGUGACAUUGGCAGACAACUGUUGGAAUGUGUAGCAUUCAUGCAUGAUCUACGAAUGAUACAUACUGACUUGAAGCCAGAGAAUAUACUGUUGGUCUCUGCAGAUUAUAUGAAAGUACAUGACUACAAGAAUUUUUCUCGAUCACCAAGGGAUAGUUCCAACUUCAAAAGAGUGCCCAAGUCAAGUUUUAUUAAGGUGAUUGAUUUUGGCAGCACCACUUAUGAUCGUCAAGAUCAGAAUUACAUUGUAUCAACCCGGCAUUAUAGAGCUCCAGAGGUUAUUCUUGGUAUUGGAUGGAGUUUUCCUUGUGAUAUAUGGAGUGUUGGCUGUAUCCUUGUUGAACUGUGCUCGGGUGAAGCACUGUUUCAAACUCAUGAGAAUUUGGAGCACUUGGCAAUGAUGGAGCGGGUGCUUGGUCCACUGCCGCAAGAGAUGCUGAAAAGAGUAGAUCGGCAUGCUGAAAAAUACGUAAGAAGAGGUAGAUUAGAUUGGCCGGAAGGUGCUACUUCGAGGGAUAGUAUCAAGGCCGUUCAAAAGCUGCUCCGUUUACCGAACCUGAUAAUGCAGCAUGUGGACCAUUCGGCUGGGGAAUUAAUUCAUCUCGUGCAAGGGUUGCUUCGAUAUGAUCCCACACAUAGACUAACGGCUCGUGAAGCCCUAAGGCACCCGUUCUUUACAAGGGAUCCCUUGAGGAGAUAGUAGCUGUGCUGUGUUUAAUUAACGAACUGGUAUUUGGUUUUAUUUUUCAAACACCCAACGUCUUCAUGCAACUGUACAGCUGCGUGUCUGUUGAUCGAUGAUGGUGAUGUGCCUUUGUAUGGUGAUGUGCCUUUGUAUGAUGAUGUGCCUUUGUAUGGCUCUAAGAGACCGAGUAUUUUGCCGUGAUGUUGUAAAUAGAUACGCUGACUCCUAUCAGAGGCUUGCAAUUCAAGCACUAUUUGUGCUUAAUUGCAGUUCAGUUGAUUACUAAUGUUUUAACUUGUUUAGAAGAAUAUACACUAACAUUUUAUAACAUUUGCCGUCCAUUCCUUCAAGAUUAUCAUAAAA